GAUGAAGAGCUCGGCAAGCGCGACGACGACUGGAAGCCACGACAUAUGCACGCUCAAUCGCCGACGAUAGCGCCAUACCUGCCCUGGCGGUGGAGGAAGAAACGGCUGCUGGCAGUCGUUGCCGUUGCUCUGAUCAUAUGGGCGUUGCAUUACGUGCCGCAAAGUCUUACCUUGCGCAGUGGGCAGGAGCAGGAGCAGGAGCAAGUGUCGUCCCAUGCGAACAACAUACCCUCGUACCGCGUACAUGAGGGCUACGAUGCAGUGAGAGCGCGCGAGCCCAAGGGCGCGCCUCCCAAAGAGGAGAAUGAAGAUGGAGCGGAGGAUGCAGCAGUGAAGCAUUACUACAAUGGCGUGGUGAGAUUCUAUAGGCUGGGCGCAAGCCUCCAGAAGGUGUCGCGCACCAUGGGCAUGUACCCGCAGAACCGCAACGUACUGUUCGUGGCAUCGUCGCUGAAGAGCUUGGCCAAUCUUAUACCCAUGGCGUGCGAGAUGGCCAGGCUCGAUCGCAACUACGUGCAUGUCGCAGUCUUCGGCAGGAGUACCAUCUCUCUUGACGAGCUUAUGGAGGUGAACGGCGUCACGUACGAGAGUUGCAGUGCAUAUUGGCACGAUGCGCGUGGCGAUUAUGCCGAAUUCAGCUCAGACGCGAGAGCAGAGUCUGCUGUCAGAGGUGCUCUCAAACACAUCCAGGAUUACAUGCACCCGCAGGUCAUCAUCAUGGACGACAGCAACAAAGAGGAGGCGUAUUUCACAAAAGCGAUGCGCUUCAAGGCAGAAGCUAUGGACAAGCCUUUGAUUGAAAUACCAUCUGGAAAGUACGCAAACUGGUUGUGGAUGACCAAACUAAGCGCUGCAAGUCUCGUUCAUUGGCAUAAGCCAGUGAUCGAUAUCGUGAUUCAGGCGCCGAUGGAGAGCUCGGGAAGCUUGAUUCGACUCUUGCAAAGUCUCACGAACGCCGAUUACAGUGGUCUGAAAAUGCCAAGACUUACGAUUGAGCUGCCUUCCAAGAUCGAGCACUAUGUCCAGAAAUAUCUCGAAGACAACUUCCAGUGGCCACCAGGAAAGCAAUCGCACAGGCAUCCAAGCCUUCUCACAGUCCGGCAUCGCAUACCAUCCUCGCGCCUGAGUACCGAAAUGGCCUCGCUGAGGUUUGUGGAGUCAUUCUACCCAAGCAAGAGACUCGACCACAACCUUCUAGUACUGUCGCCACAAGUAGAGAUUAGCCCUCUAUUUCUACAAUAUCUACAUUACACGCUCUUAGAAUACCGGUACCAAGGUCCUUACGCAUCCUCGGGCUCCGAGAAUCUCGUCGGUAUAUCUUUGGAUGUGCCCAGCUCCUCCCUCAAUGGCAAGUCUGAUUUUGUGGUGCCCAAGGUGUCGAACAUGAGCUACGGCAAGUUUGAGGAGGAAGAACAAGUAAACAUGGACGAUCCGGCGCCUUUUAUUUACCAGAGUCCCACCUCGACCGCGACUUUGAUAUUCGGAGACAAGUGGAUGGAAUUUCACGACUUCCUAUCUUGGCGCGUGAAAGCGACACACACAGGCAAAGCCGUGAAAUCCAAAAAAUUCGUGUCGGAGAGACAGCCGUCUUGGGCAGAGUUCUUGCUUGAGCUUAUGUGGGCGCGCAAUUGGUUUGUACUGCAUCCUGCGUCCACUUUUGUCACUGUGCACAACGAGAUGGCACAGAUACCGGAGGAAUUCUUGCGAUCUCCUCAAGACAGCAAAGCAACGGAUACGCCGAUUAAACCUGCGCAUCCGGAGGAAGAACCUUAUCUGCUAUCUCCGGAGCAACCAGUCCUGACCGAACACCUUGAAGCCGACCCAACCCGUACCUUGAUGCCGCUACAUCAAAUGCUACCCUUCAGCGGAGAGCUGCAGGAACCAGCGCAACUACCUGCGGUGGCCUUCAACGGCGGCUUCUCUGAGAUGUAUACACUUGGCGACCACAUUGAAGACUAUGUCACACAAUUCCGAAAGUCGUUCGGUGGAUGUCAAGGCGAGGCGGUCACGAGGCCGCGGAUUAUCGAGGACGGAAAGGCAGACGAUUUGUUCUGCUUGGAAGGACAAGACAUGAAAUUUGCAGACGAGUACCAGCCCGAAGAAGACACGGAUGAGCAAGUCGCUCAGGAAAUACUGGACGGCACGAUAGACUACAGUGACGAGGACGAGGAUUCAACUGCCACUAUCGGCGCCACGCACGCCACCACCUCGACGCAAACGGCGAAGGCAAAAGAUGGGGGAUCCGCCAAAGCAAAGGUGCCGGAGACCAAACCGAAGGGCAAAGGCGAUGGCUGAACCUCUCCAUUUCAUGAGAUCGAGGUGCACGCACCAACAAACCUGUGGCAUGGCUGAUCAUCAUACCCACGAUCGGUAAAGGCGAAGUCCAGUGGCGAGUAAACCGACCACGCGAUCACAUGCUGUUGCGCCUGGUCGCUUUAGACAAAAAGCCUUCAAUGAGGACUCAUUCUACAACCCUGCCAUCCGCCGCCCAAGCAGAGCAAGUUGGAACGAAUGUAUUGCCGGCUUCUACCUCCCUGCUGCGCACCUGAGAUAGCCAUGAUAGAUAUAGAGACGACCAAUCACACCAUGCAUGGUUGGUACCCUCUGA